UGAGGCGGCCCCACGGACAGCUGCGUCUGCGCGUGUGAAAGUGCGGCGGCGCAGUGAUUGGCUGAAAAUGACAUCAUCCAGUCCAGAUCUAUUGUUGGAAAGUUGAUGAGCUCAUCGUUGAGAAUCCAGUGUGAGGAACACAGUGAGGAGGAAGGAGGACCUCGCUGCAGCGCAGCAGCUGACACCUCAAACUGGUCACAGGACGUUUCACGCAGCGGAAUUCUUUCCUACGGGUGUCGCCUGUGGUGCUGCAGGUAUGGUCUUGUCUCGGGACAGAGAAAUGGAGCGGCCCCCGCUGUCCGUCAUCCUACCGCAGCUCUACCUCGGAGCAGAGAGCGACGUGACGCAGGACCAGCUGGCCUCGCUGGGUAUCUCCUAUGUGCUGAGUGUGAGUCGCUGUAGCCCCCAGCCCUCCUUCCUGCCUGGUUCCAGGUAUCUCCGCAUUCCUAUUGAUGACUCUCUGUGGGAUAACCUGCUGCCCUGGAUCCCACAGGCUCUGCAUUUCAUUGACGUAGCCAUGUCGUCGGGGGCUUCGGUGCUGGUGCACUGUGCAGCAGGAAUCUCUCGCUCCCCAGCUCUGGCUGUUGCCUAUGUCAUGUACAGUCUGGAAAUGGACCUGGACCAUGCUUACAGGUUUGUGAAAGAGCGUCGGCCCUCCAUUUCCCCAAACUUCAACUUCCUGGGUCAGCUGCAGCACUUGCAGGGUGCUCUGAGCCAAAAGUCGCGUGGCCACGACCUCCUCAUCCAGCAGCUGGCCAGUUGCCUGCCACCUGCUAACGACAGUGUGAACCUCUCUCACAGCAGUCAGAACAGUAACUGUCAAGCUAAGAGCGUCACCGCAGACUCAGCUCAGCACAAAGACAAAGCCCAGCAGAGACGCUGGCUGUCAGAGAGCGCUGACAACAAGCAGCAGCAACUGCGGACUCCUGAGUUGCCUCCCCGUCGUGACCUGCAGCCUGUGCAGAAACCAUCGGAGGUUUCAGCUUCCCGUCCCUGUGAGCCCAUCAACCCAACGCUAAAGGCCACCCAACUACAACUCCCAUCAGGCUCUGCUUCUCUCUUAGAGAAACGUAAAAGCCUUACCCUCUCUUUGACCCCUUUGGGAAUAUGCCCUUCCUCCACAGCAAACGAGAGGCAACAAGAAAAAAUGGUCGAGAGCAGGAAGACUGGCGAGCGCGCCGAGGUGAAGAGUUACCCUGACUCCUACAGACAGGCAGAGGCUAUCCACAGGAAGCAGCGUCUCUCUGUCAGCCAGCACAGCAGAGCUGAGGUCAAGGAAAAGGGCCUGCUCUCACCUUUCAGCGUCACUCUCAACAAGCUGCUGGGUUGGGGGGAAAGGAUACUGCUAGGAGGUGUUUUUGUGCACCCUGUGCAGAUGGGACAGCCCGCACUGCCUUACAGGUGCUGAGGAUACAAGGAAGCAGGUGGAAGGAGUUAUCUGUGCAUGUUUGUCAGAAGAAACCAAACUACACAGCUGAUGUGCACGUGUAGUGAAAGAACCAAUGUCUAUUUAUUUAUUUAUUUGUUGCAGAGUUUAAUCUAAAUGAGCUGAAAAGACAAAAAGCACCCGUUUAUCAUAUUGUUGUUUAUCAUAUUGUUUAUCAUUGCACAGCGAUCCCUGUUUCUGUUGUUUUUAAAUGUAGUUGUUGAAAGGCUUUUGCCACAAUGGUUUGUAAUGUAUUUACUGACGAAUAAAGAGGACAUUUUAA